CUUUUUUUUUUUUUUUCGAACGCGUUAAGCGAAAUAUGCAGGACCCUAUAUAGUAGGGAAGGCUUUUCCCCCCAGGUGUGUUUACACAACCAUAGGGAUAUUUUGGGGAAGUAGGGUGAUCGACCGAUGGGCGUCCGGACCACUUGUUGAUCGCGGCCAUGGCUCCUCCGGUGUCCUGCUGUCUCAGCGAGGAGGCCAAGCUCCAGCGGCGGGUGAACGAGGAGAUCGAGCGGCAGCUGAGCCGCGAGCGCUUCGAAGCCGGCCGCGAAUCCAAAUUCCUGCUGCUGGGGCCCGAAGAGGCGGGGAAGACGACGUUUCUCAAGCAGAUCCGCCUCAUCCAGGAGGGCGAUGCGCGGGAGGACCGCGCCGAGCACGUGCGUAGUGUCUACCAGGCUCUGCUGGGCGCCAUGCAGCGUAUCGUGCGCGCCAUGGACGCGCUGGGCAUUGCGUACAGUGACCCGUCGAACGCCGAGAGCGCCAUGAUGCUGGCCAGCGUGCGCUGCGAUACGCUCGAGCCACCGCUCACGGAGCCCGUGUCGGAGGCGCUGCGGCGCCUCUGGGAAGACGCCGGCGUGCGCGAGUGCUACGCGCGUCGUGCCGAGUACGGCGGCCUACCUCCGUUCCUGCCGGACGUGCAGCGCGUCACGCGACCCGGUUACGUGCCGUCGCGCGAGGACUACCUGCGCGUGCGCACACCGUCGCGCGGGGUGCUCGAGUACGCGUUCCAGCUGGACGACCACCCCGUGCGGCUCGUGGACGUGGGGGAACAGCGCUCGGAGCCCAAGAAGUGGAUCCACUGCUUCGAGGAUGUGAGUGCCGUGAUAUUCGUGGCCCCGCUAUCCGACUACGACGACCCGGACAAGAUGAACCGCGCGCGCGCUCUCUUCAGCACGAUCGCGUCCAGCCCGUGGUUCGCCGAGUCGCACCUGCUGCUGCUGCUGAACAAGAAGGACUUGCUGGAGCAGAAGAUCAGGCGCUCGCCGCUGGGCGCCUACUUCUCGGCGUACCGGGGCCCGCCGGGCGACGCCAAGGCGGCGCGCGAGUUCCUGCGCCGCUUGUUCGCUGAGCUCAAGCCCGAGCGGCCCGUCUACUACUUCUUCACAUGCGCCAUCGACACAGACGACGUUAAGUACGUGUUGCCCACGCUGCGCGAGAUCGCCUGCCUGCGCUCGUGCCCCACAAGGGGCCGGCAGCCGUCGGACGCGUCCACAGCCAGCAACGCGGCGGCAACCGCGGCCUUCCAGUUGCCCGCCUGACAAGAGCCCUUCCUGGAGCCGGCCUGAUUCGGCGCACCAGUUGGGAGGGUCGGCCGUUCAGGAAUGCGCGCUUGUUGACUGUGAUCCGGCGCUCAUAUCGAGGGCGUUCUUCCUGUAAGUGCACUGUGCUUAGAAAAAUGAACACAACCUUGUGAUUUCUGUUUUCCUGUUUCAAUGUAGUUACAAUCAACAAAGUGCACUAAACAAUUGCUGCGUGCUCAUCUUCACACCAUGUUUUUCAACAUGUAAACGAUUAGGUCGUGGCGCUUUUUUGAGGGAAGCUGAGAAUGCCGGCUGUGAAAUGUUUCUCAUCUCUCAGUUUCAUCGGCGGCGUUGAUCCGUAAAGAUUGCCUGUCAUCUGCCGUGUUGUGUUUUGAUGUAGGAUACGUCACUGUCUGUGAGUGAACCUAAACAUGUUCUUCAAUGUGUGCUGCGUGUUGUUGUUGAUGUUGUCUUCUCCGAUGCCCAAACACAAGAAUGCACGCGCCCUUCAACUGAUAGCACCUUUGACAUACCAGCUAGCAGAUUUCGGCAUGGACGCAACAGGUGGAAAAUUUUUUUGUGCACAAUUUGUCUAAAGACAUUUCUUGCAUGUUUAAUAUAUUUAACUGGCUUGUGAUCCCAGAAUGUGCACCCUGCUGUGCCACUGGCCAUGUGUGUGUGUGUGUGCGUGCGCAUGCAUUUACCAGCACCGCCGAGACCUUCUCUGCAGCACUGUGGAGGAUUAGAACGUUACUGGCCAACAGGCCGGGCGGACGCCAUUGAAAAUAUACACCAUCAGCAAAGUUGAUUACUGCACUUGAUAACUGCGAUAUCAGCUGUGUUUGUCUAGUUGAGCUCUGUGUGCAUGCCGACGCGACCCACGAGUCAUCGCAGUCUACGAGACGGGCUUUCGUGCCGAAGACGGUGACAAAACUUGGUUUGACUGGUCUCCGUGUUAUCGGUUGCGGAGCGAAAACAUCGUACCGCUCGGCGACCCUGCUUGUAUUCGCUUGAGCCAGCCAAUCCGUUCAGUGGAGGUUGCAGCCGACGAAUAGCUGACUUGAACUGAACAGUGGCCACACCGGGCACGUGCCUCCCUCCUCCGAAAAACGUUUCUGGCCACGAACACCGCUCCAUGGAACUGAACGUUAAUCAAUUAGAACGAAUGAAACUGCUUCUACAGUUUAGUUUCGGCCAUAACCAUCUGAAUAAACCUCUUUGUAUGAUGUGCACGCAAGCUGAUAGGGUACACGUCGCCUUCGACCGUUCCCGAAAAUCGAAGGGUGCCGGUUGCACUGGUCGGCGCAUCCCUGAACGAAAUGUGGUGGAUGUCUAUACAUGUUUUGCCUGUUAUGCCAAACGGGCAAAUCAACAGCAUUGCUCAGGUGCCGUAUUGCACUAUAUACCAAACCACCACGAUGAUGAUUUUGUCGCACUCGCGUGUCUAACUGUUCCUCAUGUAUAAUAAAACAAGUUUAUAGUUGUG